AUGAUAGUUUUGUAGAUAGUGAAGGUAUUUUUAAUAUCUAAUAUUAGGAUGGUAAGUAAAUAAUGUAAUCCAAAGUGUAGGUUAAUGCAACGGUAUAUAAUUAUUUGGAGGUUAUGAGGUAUUUGGUAAAAACACAAUAAUUACAAAACUAAUAUCUCCACCUCCACAUUAUGCAAUCAUGAUUACAUUAGAAUUCUGGAAGUAAUAUUUAUACAAACAUAUAGAAUAGAUAAUUGGGAUAAUGAAUAAUUUUAUAUUUAUGUCGAUUAGAAUCUAAUAUUUUCACAGAUAUAUGGAGAGUCAAAUACAAAUUCAAACUUGUGUGGAUAGCCUCUCGGAAGUAGUUGGAGUGAGGAAGUUUAAUAAAUCAGUGUAACAAAAAAUCACAAUUAUAAAACACUUUUUAUACUAAUGACAUCAAAUUUAUAAGGAAUUAGAGAUGUAAGAAUUUAAUUUAUGAAAGGAAUGGUGGGGAAUCAGAAAUUUUAAAUUAUAUUAUUACCCAUGUCCACCUGGAUGUCAAACUUGUACUUCAGAAGAUUCGGCUAUUGAUUGUCUUAUUUGGAUUGUCUAAUAUCAAAGUUUAUUAGAUGUAUUAUAUGGUUAAUUUUAAAUGGAUGGAUGGAUGAUUUUGGAAGGAUUUUAAAAUAAAACUAGUUGUUCUAGUACUUUUAUUAUUUAUUAUUAUAGUUCUUCCUCUUUUGGGAGGAUUUUCUAAAACUGGAUAAAAAAGCAAAAUUAUAAAAUCAAUAAAUUUACCAGUUCAUUGUUUUGUUAAAAUUAAAUUUAGUUUUGUUUUCAUUGAUAAAUGGGAAAAUGAAUAUGCUUAAUUUUAUAUUGAUGAUCAAUUAAUAUGGUAUUAUUCUCAUAAAUCAGUUGCAGAAGAAAUAACGAUUUGUGGUAAUAGUUUUGGUGAGAAAAUAUUAAAUUAAGAGAUUAUUUUGCCUCAUAAAUAAUAAUUCUUACAAAUGUAAUUUACUACUACAUUAAAGAAUUCACCUUCCUAAUAAUCAUUUGGUAUAAGAGAUAUUUAAAUAUUUAUAAGUAAAUUUAUUAAUUAUUUAAGAUUGUCCAUUUGGUUUUCCUUUUGAUUUUUCUUGUGAAGGAAUAUGUGGAAAUGGAGAGAUAGAUAGAGCUGAACAAUGUGAUGAUGGAAAUAUUUAACCUUUUGAUGGAUGCUUUAAUUGUCAAUAUUCAUGUAUUCAAGGUUGUUCUAAUUGUAUUAAUGGCAUUUGUUAUGAAUGCUAAGAAGGAUGGAUAUUUUAUGAAUUUACAUGUACUGAAGAUUACUUUAUAAAUAAUUAAGAUUAAUAUGAUGAUGAAUAGUAGUAAUAAUGUUUAAAUAAUUGUAAAUUAUGUAUCUAUGGUGUAUGUAAAGAAUGUGAUAUAGGAUAUUAUCUAAUUAACAAUUAAUGUAAAACAAUUUGUGGAGAUGGAAUAAUUGAAAUGUGUGAAUUAGAAUAAUAAGAAUGUCUAAAUUGUUAAUUGAAUUGCACAAAGAAUUGUGAUGUUUGUAUUAAAGGUAAAUGUCAUUAAUGUAUUAUUGGAUAUACAUUUGAUUAUAUUGAACAAUAUUGUUAACCUAUUUGUGGAAAUGGUGUUGUAUCUAAUGAUGAAGAAUGUGAUGAUUUUAAUAUAGAAAAUGGUGAUGGAUGUUCUAGUUAAUGUAAAAUUGAAUAGAAUUAUAUUUGUAAGAAUUAUUAAUACUCAUUUUCUGAAUGUAGUUAUGAAAAAUAUCCUUCAUUCUAACUUUCAUUAAUUAGUACAUAUCAUGAAUAUUAAUAUGUAUCCAUUUAUUUUGAUUAAAUUGUUAAAACAAUUAGUUAGACUGCUUUUUCUACAAUGA